AAUAGAAGUGAUCAGCUGACACAGUCAACACAACAACCAUCGCCGCCAAGUUCGCACAUCGUCUUGACAGUAGUCUUCCCUGAUCGCCAAGAUUGAUGCAUCAAUACUCGUACAGUCAUCGGCAAGAACAAACUUUUACGCAGUAAAGAAGACGCUCCACUUUGUCAUUCAACCCCGCCGUCUGCAGGUGUAGGGGGACCUCGACCCAUUUUUCGAGGUUCCAGGAUCUGGGUCGCCAGCGGGCAUUCCAUCCAUGGGUCAUCGUCGCCUCUGAAUCAACAGGAAGAGGAUGCAUUCAAGAAAGUUUUUAGUCACAGGCUCAAAUUCUGUCAACUCACUUAAGAAAUUCUCCAUAAGUGACCGGGAAAUCUUGGAUAAACGUGUAAAAGCUAAUCCACGGUAUACUGGUGUUCGUCCUCGCACAAACACUGGCUUUAACACUCAGCGACGUCAAGAACUUGAACAUGAGAUACGGAAAUAUUAUAAGGUCAGAAAUGAUGAGGUGUUUCGACGCAUCUCUCUGACAGACCUGUUGCAGCUGAUGGUGGCACAUGCAGAAAACAUUGAAGCAGACGAAUGUAUUGAUUACAAAUCUGAAAGUGAUGACAAUGAGGCAGAAGUACCACUGAAAUACAGGGAUGAAGUGGAAUGUUUAGUUCAUCAGAUGAAUCAGCUUGAGACCACAGGUAAAACUAGAGGUCCCAAGUGCCCAUAUGUUAUAAUUGAUGUUCGCUCACAGAGCGAGUAUCAGGCAUUUCACCUUGCCACUGCUGUCAACCAUCCACAUUCCCGCUUGUCUAGAGCUGUGGGCUGGGAAUGUGCUGAACUACUGAUAUACAAAAACCACCCCAAGUUUAUCAUUGUUGCAUAUGAUGAUGGGGAAGACGUGGCUCCUGAGGUUGUAGCUACACUGCAGCACCGUGGAUACAACAAUGUCUUCAUGCUCAGCGGGGGUCUUCGUCUUGCUAGAGAUAAAUUUGGAUUUCCCUUAGUGUCUGAUGACCCUGCUCAGACCCUAUGUCCACAAGUCGUUGAUGCAGUGUCUCGGCAGCUCUCAAACACUGUGCUGCCGCCUCUCAGCAUGGCCGAUGCUUCCGACUGGUGGGCAGCUGCUUCCAAGUUGCCUAAUUCCACCAUUGGUACAGACUCGGCCAUCACAAACUCCAUGCUAUCCACUGGUCACCAUACGUCUAGAUCACAACUAAAAGGCAGUGAUGAUCAACAUAUUAAGCCAUGGCGAUAGUUCUUUAAUAGAUUUUCUAAAAAAUCUUUCUUUUUAAAUGAACUUAUUAGUAAUCAAUUUGUUUCUGCUUUGACUGUAUGAGGCUCUUCAAAUCUCUGUUUUUAAUGAAUUUACUUUGUUAUUUACUAUACUAUUGUAAUGUAGUGUGCAUAAUGUAUGGACAAUAUUAAGAAUAUUUUCAAAACAAUACAACUGUUACUGUCAAAUAUUAUGAGACCUAGCCAACUAAGUCUAAUGGUUUACAUGCUCUAUCCAUAUUAUAUCAAUUCAGUCACUAUCCACUAUUCCUAAAUACCUGAUGUUAUCAAAUGUGACAUUUUAGUGUUACUUUUGUUAAGGCAUUAUGGUUCAUAUCUUUUUUAGUUGUUUUACAUUAAAUUUACUUGUUAGUAAUAUUGACUCUUGCGUUCCUUACAUUAAUACAUUUGUAUCUUAUGGUAAUUAUAGUUAUAUUUCUGAGCUAAGGUUCUUUGGAUGCUUCUUUUGUCAGUUCCUAUAUGAUCCAUCCAGGAGUUGUAUCAUGCACCAGGCUCACAAAACUUGUGCUCCUGUCAUUAUCUCCAACUUUAGAUACAUCUCUGCCUAAGUGAACCCAUAUCUAGGGUAGGAAGACAGAGUGUAAUAUCUAUUUCAGGCUACCACCAAAAGUUUUAACUUGCCGUAAUAUAAUGUUAGGAAUCAUGACUCUUAACUCUUACCAUGGAAAAUCAGAAGUACCAUACUGUACCAAGACUGCCAAUUAUUGCUCAGUAAACUAAUGUUAGUAGAUAAAAGGCUAUACCUUACAUCACCAGGUGGCACCUCUGUCACCAUAAUCAAUCCAUCCUCUUGUUUAGAUAGUACUUUUUGUAACUAUUUGCACCAUAGUAUAAAAAUUGAUGGAAAAAGCAAUUAGAUAUUUGGUACUAUUCACUUUAAGAGUCAAAAAAACUAAAGUAAAAAACUAAAUUAUUCCCAGGCCUAGUAAAGUGCACAUGUGUACUAUAUUAGGCCUCAGAUAGCAUGUAUUAGGCCUAAUAAGGUUAGGUUAGUUUAGGUUGUCUUUACAACAUAAAUACAAAACCUUUUCCGGUUUGUCCAAAUACUAUAGUAAGGAUUUCUAUUUUCGGAAUUGUCCGUUACAUCAUAUAUGUACUAUGGUCCUCAUCGUUACUUUAAGUACUGACUAAACAGGAGGAUGGCCUGCCAUAAUAGGGUUAAGUAGCCAACUGCCCUCAUUUUUACUCCUGGCAUCAACACAUUAUCUUACUAGUGCUUUGCAGUGACCGAUUGUGAAGUCUUUAGUGCCAAGCUGUAUUUUCACGCACUUUGGGGCCUAUCUUAAAUUUCUUCUUUGCAUAUUUACAUAAUGGCUCUUCCUUGGGAAUUUGUAUCUAGGAUGAUACAUUGUUUAUUUUGCUGUAUGUUUAAAAGCAAAAGGGCUGUUCUGGUCAUUCCUAGUUCAUGCAAGGGCUGGGUAAGAUCAUUCUCCUCUUUUGAGUAUGCUUUGGCUGUGCUCAUCUUCCUUGGCCCUCUUCUACUUGUCAGGAGAGGGAUGCUUAUGUUUUGGUGUGGUGCACUUGUGCCGCUGGUCAGUGUUGAGGCCCUGGGUCCUCUCAUUGUCCAUGGCAUGGCUUUGGGCAUCUAGUCCUGUGCCUGAUCCAUAAUUUCUGUUUGCUUUCCCUGUCUUGUUAGGCUAUUUUUGGUGCACAGAGGAGAAUUUAAAUAAGGUUCUGAAACAGGGUUUGGGAAUUAUGUUGAAGAUGAAAGGAAUGUGCUGCCAGCUAUCAUUACUGAGACAUAAUUCAACACAGUUCAAGAAUAGAUUAGCCAGAUAUAUGGGUAAGAGGGUGUGGAGUUAUUACAGGGUAACAGUCCUGCUGUGGUGCUUCCUAAUUCUUAUGUUCGUAUGUAGUGUAUGUGUGUGUUCAGGUCACUACAAUUUUGGGUGCUAAGUGUAUUGAUGUCGUUAUUUCAUGAAGAGAACCUAGACUAAAACAUUAGUCAGGAGUUUUAGCUACAUCUCAGGUUGAGUUAAUCAUGCCCACAGUUCAUGAAUGCUUAUGUAGGUAGAGUGUUAAAUAGCCUCCUGCUUGGUGCUUUCUUUUGAUAAUUACUUAAGUAGAUCAGCAACACAUGUAGGAGAUUGCAGCCACAGCUUUGUCAGGACUCUGAAUUUUCUGACUUGAGUUUGUUCUUAGGGUUUGAGUUGUUUUCUCUUGAAUGCUCAGUCACUCCAACCAUAUCAAGACUCUAGGCUAAAUUAGCCCUCAGUUGUUGAAAGUUUUUGUAGCUACAUAAACAUGGGAAUUGGUGCUAUAUUGGUACUAUUGCUGUUUCUAACAUAAAAAGGAACCAAGUCAUAUAGCUUGUGAAUAAAAUGAGCAGUGGUGGAAAUUGAAAUGACAUAAAAACAUUAAAACUUUUUAAAGGUUUGAAUAAUACUGUUUACCAGUUAAUUAAGAACAUAAGAAUAAAGGUAAUUGCAGAAGGCAUAUUGGCCCAUAUGAGGCAGCUCAUAUUUAUAACCACCCAAUUGAUUAAGCAGCACUGUAGUCUGGGCCUGGCUUAUUCAUUAUUUAUAUGCUCACAAAAUUACUAUAUAUUUAUCGUAAUACGCGUAAGCAUAUAUUGUAUCACUUGCUAUAAAAAUAACCUGGUAAACAUGGUAAUAAAUGGCCAAAAAUUGCCAGCUUUUCAGAAAUCUGAAACGAUUUGAUUGGAAGUUUGGGGAUGUCACUAUACGUGCAAAAGUAAAAUUCUUUAUUUGGCUUAGAAACAUUGUAAUACAUAGGUAAAUACAGUGGAAUCAAAGAGACAAAUAUCCAUGCCUGCUAAAUUCUUGUUUUCCAGCAGAAACUUGGAAGACAUGACUAAAUGUCUGGACAUGUGUAAAGUUUUCUAUGGAGUAUAGUAUCUAAUAUAGUAUUUAAGUUAAGUUACAAAGUGAUGUUACUUUUAAGUUGCAAUCUGUUUGUAACUUUCAUGGCAUGCAAAGCCAUAAAUGUAAACAAAUUAUUUAAUGCAUUAGUGCCGUGUAUGGUAUACAGCAUUGUCGCCAGGUAUGUGGGUCACUAGACUGUUGUUUUCAGCAUGUGAUAGGUAAUUUAUACAAGAGUUCUUACAUUCUUGUAAAGCGACUAGCAUGCAUAGCUUUUCAUUCAGGUAGACAUUUAUGUAGGCAGUCCAACAUUUAAUAGCCUUGCUCCCUCUUAGCUGUCCAAAUGGUGCACUCACUAAAACACCUUGUUACCCCAACAUAAAGGGCACAUUAUUCCAUCCAUGAGUUACUCUAUUCUCUCAAGUAGGCCAUUAUUUUAGAUUUUGAGUGAUGUUGGUGAAUGUCUCCAGAAGCUUAAAUAUUUCACUUAUUAUACAAGAUUUUCCAAGACUUAAGGUUUAGAAUAUAGUUUCUUGCACUGAGAAAUUGAAUAAUUGUUCACCUUGAUUAUUUGUUAAAUAUUAUAUAAGCAUAAAUAGGUAAUAAUUUUAGUACGAAACACUGAAGCUGGUUCUUCAUGAAGCUAGUCCCAUAUAAAUAUUUAAAUAUAUAUAUUAUUGCUGAUGCAAUUUAGAAAUAAAAAAAAGAUACAUA